AUGGGGUCUGCUUCAAGCUCUUGGGACCUACCAGCCAAUUCAAUUGAUGAUUCGGUUUAUCUGGAGUUUGUGUUGAAGAAGAAAAGAACCCUGAAGACUCAACUAAAGCUUGAGAGCUCUGUAGAGAAUCUUAACUUGCUGCGGACUGAGUUGAAAAAGGCUGAUUCUGACCUUGUUCUCGUGAAAUCACAAGUUAAGGAUCUUCUCAAUGAGGAUAUCUUCUCUGAAGAAGCAGUUGAUACUAUUGGUCACGAUCUUGAAGGUCUUGGAAUCAGUGAAGCUUCCCAAAAUAUCGAGAUUCUCCCGGAAGAAAUUGUGUUGGAGUUCCUCUACAGGGUUCCAGUUAAGCCUCUAUUGAGAUCCAGUCUCGUCUGCAAGCACUGGUACAAUUCUAUCAAUAAAGAUCCAACCUUUACAUCUUCUCAUUUUAUUGAGUACUCCCAGAAACAUCCCCAUCUCAUCCUUCAUUUUCUCAACAGAAACAAAAACAAUACUAAUACUAAUAAUAGUAAUAGUAAUAAAGUAGAAUAUUUCCACAGCUUCUUCGAUUUGGACAAAGAUAAUAAUAAUCAAUCUGUUUAUAUUGUUGAUUGGAAUCAAAAUUUAGUCACUUAUAUCAAAUCUAAAGUGGAUCUAGUUGGUUAUUGCAAUGGUUUGAUUUGUCUUUCUGAAAGAUGUCCUGUAAUUAGUAAAGUUUGGAUAUGGAAUACUGCUAGGAACGAAUCGCUACUCAUAUUUCCUCCGGUCAAUGACAGUGACUCCGGGGCUUAUGGUGUCGUAAAUUAUGGAUUUGGUUUUGAUUCUAUAACAAAGGAAUAUAAGGUUGUAUACAUUACUUAUUCAGCGACAGUUCGUUCCUUUAAGUGCCUUGUUCUUACAUUAGGACGGGGAACUAUCUCGUGGAGUGAGGUCGUGGCUCCAGAGGUUGUGGUAUCUAGGUGCUUUAAAUCAGCUGUAUAUACUUCUCAUAACGGAGCAUCAACUCUUUCUUGGAGGACAGCUGAUAUUAACGUGCUGCUCUCUUUUGACCUCCAUGACGAGACAUUUAAUGUAAUUCGAGUCCCAGUAGAGUGUGAAAGCACUAAAGAUGAGUAUCCAUUAGUUGAGCUUGUGGAAGUCAGGGGAUUUUUAGGUCUGCUCCGUUUAGAAAGCUUAAUACCGAGGGGUGGUAAUAGUAGGAGUACUGGCGAUCGUUAUCAUCCUGUACAUGAAGAAAGUAAUACUUGGAAAAUGGUCCAUUUGUAUAUAUUACAAGACAAAGUCAACCAACAAGGGUCUUCAGUUUUUCAAUCUACACAAGAAACAUCUUAAGGUGGUAGAGUCUCUCGCUGCGCAUGUUUCAGUAAAUAAUCAGGGCCCUGAAUCAGUUUCUUCUCAAGAUUUCCGGCUAACCUAUCAUGUUGAGAACCUAUGUUCUUUGCAAUCCUUAUUGCCUCAAUCAGCAUACAGAUCAGACUCAACUUGUAUACAUCAAAUUUUAAAGCAACAUUACAGUGUUGUUCGAAGAAACCUGCCAAAGACAGUGGGAGGGUACCUAACUUUGUAUGGUCGAGCACCAAGCAACAUGUACUAUAUCUUUGAGUAGGUUUUCUUACGGUCUAGUUGUUUAUUAUUUAUUCUGUCAAGAUUCACUUCUCUAUUUCUGCUUGAUCUCUGAUGUCAAUGCUCUUAUGUUUGAACCUGGUAUCCAGUGACAUACAAGAUUAUAGUCCA